ACUCGUAAAUACAAUCGUAUGAGUUGAUGUGUAGGUAGUUUAGUUUAGUAACGCCCGAGUACGAGAAUGUAUCGCUCAUGAAACGUCGAAACGUGUCGCGUAGUGCUUGUUCCUUUGUGUGAUUUUUAAAGGUCGAGUAAUAUGUAGAUUCAGUUAUCCAAAGUGUCCUUUUCAAUUAUUUUCCUAUCAGUUUCUUUCUUAUUUUUAAUAUUUUUACCAUCACAACAAUUUCACCAGUGCUUAAUUAGUUUUUCAAUAUUGUGGGUGAAUAGGUACAAGUUUUAUAUUCAAAUACGAAACAAUGAACGAAAAAAAGUCCAGUUACUACAGAGGUGAUUUUACCGAACCUCUUAAAUUUGUUACAAUUGGCCAAACAAUCGAACAAGCUGCCCAUGAACAUGCCAAUGAGACGGCCAUACUAAUACACGGAGGGCAAAGAUUAACCUAUGCACAAGUCUUGGAAAAGAUUGACACUUUGGCCGCAGGUUUGAUGAAUUUGGGUUUGAAACGAGGCGACCAUGUGGCCAUUUGGGGAUUCAAUACUAUCGAGUGGUAUUUAUCAUUUUUGGCUGCAUUUAGAGCUGGCAUUGUUGUUGUGAAUUUGAACCCACUAUUUGAAGCUCCGGAGGUUUUAGCUUGUUUAAAUAUAGGUGAUGUGAAAGCUAUACUCAUGGAUGAACAGCAUAAUGGUCGUAAUUUCUACGAUAUUUUGAAAAACGCUAUACCAGACAUUCGAGAACAUGAUUAUAAUACCCAUAUAACUACCAAACAUGCUCCGCUACUCAAAACUGUGGUGAUGUUUAGUGAAACGACCUACAAAGGUGUCUUCAGAUGGAAAGAUUUAUUUGCCACAGUGACCAAAGAACAAUUACAAAAUAUCAGAAAUACUCAAAAGGAAAUCAGGCCUUCGGAUGUUUGCAAUAUUCAGUUCACUUCGGGAACCACAAGUACACCAAAGGGGGUUUUACUAAGGCAUCAUAGCAUUGUAAAUAAUGCCAGAUCUGUAGGAAACAGCUUAGAACUUUUCAAAAAAAAGGCACAAAUUUUAUGCCAAGUCCCAUUUUUUCACGCAUAUGGAAUGGUAGUUGGAGUUUUUGCAUCCAUUGUAACAGGAUCUACAAUUGUUGUUGCAAGUGUCAAGUUUAGCCCAAAUAAAUCUAUAGACUCCAUUAUUACAGACAAAUGCACUGUAGUCUAUGGUACUCCAACAAUGUACAUUGAUCUUAUCAGGGUAGUGAAAAAUAGAGCUCAGAGUGAUCCUCAAGUAUACGAAAAAAUAUCCUCGGUUGAGCGAUUCUUCAGCGCAGGAGCAUUAAUUUUGCCAGACACAAUCAUGCAAUUGAAAACUUUAUUCAGAAACUCUAAAUUUUCGUGUGGUUAUGGUAUGACAGAAACUGCUGGAACCAUAUUUAUAUCAUUACCAGAUGAUCCUGAGGAAGUUCUUCAUACUACAGUUGGCCAUACUUUGGAUCAUAUAGAAGUCAAAGUUGUUGAUGAUAACAAUCAAUUAGUACCAUUCGGCCAGCCAGGAGAAAUGUGCUUCAGAGGAUAUAUGUUAAUGAAGGAGUACUACAAAGAACCAGAAAAAACAAAGGCAGUAUUAUCAGAAGAUGGGUGGUUUCACAGUGGAGAUAGGUUUGCUUUAAUGGAAAAUGGAUAUGCUCGAAUUGUUGGUCGUAUCAAAGAUAUAAUCAUCAGAGGAGGAGAAAAUAUUGAACCCAGUGAAAUAGAAAAAGCAAUAAUCAAACAUCCAGAUGUUGUUGAUGUCCAAGUGUAUGGAGUAAGUGAUGCUAGACUGGGUGAAAAAGUAGCAGCAGCUAUAAUUAAAACAGGCAAUUCAAAUUUGAGUGAAUCUGAUGUGAAACAAUAUUGUGAAGGGAAUAUUGCAUCUUAUAAAAUUCCAGAAUACAUAUUUUUUUGUGAAAAAUAUCCAAAAACUGCUUCUGGAAAAAUACAAAAAGUGAAACUGAGAGAAAUUACUGAAAAACAGCUCCAGGACAAUCAAAUAUUAAAAAAAUAAAUUAAAAUACAGUAAAUAUGUACCUUCUCACUCAUUUCUAAUUUAUGUAAUUUUUUUUUUUUUUUUGUUCAAAAAUAAUUAAAUCAAAUUAAUAAGUGAAAAACAGAGAUUGUUGAUUUAAA